CAGAACAGUGUUCCGUGAGAAUCGGGCAUGUAUGUAUCACAGACUCAACCACAAACCACAGUUCAGUCAAACUGCCGUCUGUCACUUCCUCAUUAUUUGCUGCUGUAUGUCUGUGUGUCUCCAUCUGUGGCUGUCAGCUUCGACAGCACUCUGGAACCAUGAUGCAGACUUCUGUUCACAAAAGUGAAAAGAUGCCAUGGAGGAAAACUAAGAGGUGGUGGUUUUGGCUGAUGCUCUUCCUCAUGAUGGGAACAUUAAUGUUCAUAUUCUACUAUUCAACCACGGAAGUAUGGCCUCUGAGUAGAAGCUCGGAAUCUUGCAACAAUUUAACGACAGCCUACGAUUUCUUUCCGGCAUACCCACACCCAUAUGGUUUCAUAAUGGACGAGCCACACAGAUGUCGACAGGAAAGACCAUUCUUGGUUCUCAUGAUCCCAGUAGCCCCCCAUAACAGAGGGGCCCGUGAUGUCAUCCGUAUGACAUGGGGCAAAAACACCACAGUGCAAGGCCACGUGGUCAGCUACUACUUCCUGCUGGGACUGUCAGAAGAGGGAGACGGGGCCGAGGUCCUUGAGGAGCAACUGUUAGACGAAAGCUGGCGACAUCAUGACAUACUCCAGAGUGACUUCAUGGACAGCUACAAAAACCUCACCAUUAAAACCAUGGUGAUGUUUGAAUGGCUCAACUCCCAUUGCCCCAACACCUCCUACGCCAUGAAGAUCGACGCGGACAUUUUCCUAAAUGUUCACAACCUUGUCUUAAUGCUUAUGACGGCCCCCCGACAUCUCUUCAUGACUGGAUGCGUGGCGUGGGGCUCUGCUGUUCUUCGAGACCAUGACUCAAAAUGGUACAUGCCUGUGUCUGCCUUCCCCGAAUCAAUAUACCCACCGUAUGCCUUGGGACUGGGCUAUGUGUUCUCAAUGGAUUUACCCAUUAAGAUACUGGAAGCGUCCCUGCACAUUAAAGCUAUUUACCUUGAAGAUGUGUACGUGGGACUGUGCAUGAGACAGCUGGGGGUCACACUAACAGAUCCUCCUCAUAGUGGCUUGUUCAGGGUAUCAACACCUUUUUUUGCCGGCAGCUGUUACUGGAGCACUGUCAUUACGUCAAUGCUACAGGACUCUGACCAGCUUCGGGAUGUUUGGGAAAUAUAUCAGACCCAACUACUAAAUGGCUGUUAAAUCCUUCUGCUGCACCUGCAUCACACUGUUGCAAAGAGCCGCUGUUACUCUGUCUACAAUCUCAAUUUACUGCCUUGAUGAUGUUUUGAUCAUCGUGAUUUGAUACCAAGACUGUUUUUUUUUUUAACAACAAACUAACAAUUUAGUAGCACUUAAUUGCAUUUACUCAGAGGAUUUGUAGUUUUGCUUUAUUUUGAACCGGGCUGUGGGUCAUUUGGUUCCAGGCCGCCCAGAGAGAAUAAACAAUUUACAUUAUUUCCGUUUUAUUUAUAAUCUGAUUCUGAACAGUGUUUUAUUUUGAAAAAUGACCGGAUCCUCUCCAUUAUGACUCAUGCUUUACGCAUGUCAAGACGCCUGUCUCGGUCACGUUUUCGCUGAACACAAACUCAGACGGUAUUUGUCGGACCCAUUUGUCAACAAACCAGGUGAAUCCAGCAUGUCUGUGCAAGGAGAAGAUCAGCUGCUGGUGAUCGCAAAUGAUGGCAGCCUAUGUUCGAGAAAACAUCUCUACCGGUGUUCUGGAUUAAAGGUACGGCAGAAUACCCUGAGAUCGCCACAAGAGCACUAAAAACUCUGUGGCCAUUUCCGACAUCAUGGCUGUGCGAAGCGGAGUUUUCUGCUGUGACGGCAACCAAAAUGAAAUUAAGGAGUAGACUGGCAGAGGCGAUUCUACAUGGAUUUGCGCCCCGGGCCAUGGUUUUUAAUUUGAAGUUCUUAAUUAUUAUUUUUUGUUUCUAAGAGUCUUCUUAAUUUGUAGGGUCUCAUAGAGUUUUCAGACAUAAAUAACACACUGGGCUCUCCUCAUGUCCUACCCCAUUGACUGUGAACCAGGCGUCAUCGUACUUUCUUUUCAACAUGGUUUUUGAACACCGUCUCUUGUUCGUCCCUGACUGUCACUGGCUGCUUGACGUGAACAAGCUAUGUUCUCACUGUGUGUGUCUCUGAGAGAGUGAGCGGGAUGGGGGCGGAGCCCUGGGGCCUGUGUGUGUGCUGUCCGUCCGUGUAAAAUAUGCGCGACAUGCACAACACUGUUCAGGGAUCCGCUGCAGAGGAGCUGAAGAGCCGUCCGCAGCUUCAGAUCCUCGGGUUGCCGGCUACGGCGAAAGAGAGAUUUGUUUACUGCUCUGCCGUUAAAGAGAUGCGGACGUUAAAACAUUGGUUCGGCUAUGAUAUAAGUUUAUGCCGCGUGGGGCGCGCCACACAGUUUGAGAACCACUGCUUUAUACAGUGGAACCCCCGUCCCCCCCUUGUCCGUUCCAUUUGGGAGUCCCCCUUCUCACGCAGCAUCAAGCAGGGGCGCCUGCAGUUGCAGGGGGCGCCAAUUUGCCAAUUCCCCACACAGUGAUAUGAUAGAUAAUAGAAAACUGCUUCGCGGGCCAGAUGAGUGUUUCAUGACACGUGCCGCCCCCCACGUGUCAUGAAAACGUGCCGCCCCGGGCGGCUGCCCGGUUCACCCAUGCCCAAAUCCGCCACUGUAGACUGGACAUCAGCAACACACUUCGGGUGUUAUUGUCACUAUUAGCCCUAGAUGGGACCGCCUUGUUGCAGAGAAACAGGCUCAGGGCUUUGAGCCACUGAUUCAGCGUUGUGGUUAGUUAUAUUUUUCAUGCACUUUAUAGUUGUUUUUUAUUUGUGAUAAAAUCAUUGUUACUCACUGUUGUGUUGUUUGUGCAAUGUUACGAGGACGCUGCUAAUAAACUUGCUUAAGAAUACACCUCAGUUUCACUUUUCUUAUUAUUAUAUUUAGAAAAUACCCCAGUUGUUAUGCUAGUCGUAUAUCAUUAUAUUUUGUCGUAUUUAUCUGCCACAUACGGAGCCCUUCAAGGGACAUAGGUUGAAUUUUUUUUAUGGCAGAUGUGGGCAAAUUACAUUCAAGUUAAUAGGCAUGUUAGUCAAGCAAGCAAUUAAGGUUCAUUUUUGUAACAGUAUGAUUUAAUAUGAUGUUAUUCACCUCAUUAAUUGUCAUGCAUUGUCAUGUGGUAAUUCGAUUCAGAGGCCCAUCUAUGCGUCCUCUUGGGCAUAUGUUGUAAAGCUUUUACAAAAUAAAAUAGAUUGACUCCUUCA